AUGGUUGCUCUUACAGUUCCAGUUGGUGAAGCCAGACCAGGUGAAACCGCACCAAGAAGAAGAGCUCAGCAAAAGGAUGCCCCAGUGGAAAGACCACUCGAUUCUUCCGCCACCAAUUUCAUUGAAUUUUUUGAUGAAUGUGUCAAAAGAAAUGGAAACAGAAAGGUUAUGGGAUGGAGAGAUCUCCUCGAAGUCCACGUUGAAAGAAAGGAAGUGACCAAGAUCGUCAAGGGUAAGGAAACCAAGGUUGAGAAAGAAUGGCUCUUCUAUGAAAAUUCUUCUUACAAGUUUAUCACCUACCAGGAAUUGUCCUCUUUGAUUAGAACUUAUGGUAAGGGACUUGUCUCAUUGGGAUUGAAGCCACAGGAAAAGUUACAUAUCUUUGCUGCAACUUCCCACAGAUGGAUGCAAACAUAUUUGGCCACCCAGACCCAAAACAUCCCAAUUGUCACAGCUUACGAUACUUUGGGUGAAGCAGGAUUAACUCACUCUUUGGUUCAAACUGAAUCAAAUGCUAUUUUCACUGACAACAACUUGCUCGGAGCUCUUGUUAAGCCAUUGCAAAAGGCUCAUUCCGUCAGAUACAUUAUCCACGCUGAAGAAAUUGACCCUAAUGACAAAAGAAUGGGCGGCAAAUUGUAUAAUGAUGCCAAGGAAGCCAAGCGCAAGAUUUUAGAAGUUAGACCAGAUAUUAAAUUCUAUUCAAUCUAUGAAGUGUUGAAAUUGGGUGAACAAAACUCACAUUUGCAAUUACAAAAGGCAAAGCCUGAAGAUUUGAGUUGUAUCAUGUAUACCUCCGGUUCCACCGGUGAUCCAAAGGGUGUGGUCAUUUCUCAAGAAAACAUUGUCGCAGCCGUUGGUGGUGUUUCUACCGUUGCUGGAAGAGACUUGGUUAAAAACUCUGAUAGAAUUAUUGCAUUUUUGCCGUUGGCCCAUAUUUUUGAAUUAGUUUUCGAAUGUGUCGCCUUAUGGUGGGGUGGAUGUCUUGGUUAUGCCAACGUCAAAACUUUGACUGAUAUCUCAUGUAGAAACUGUAAAUCCGAUUUAGCUGAAUUUAGACCAACCAUUAUGGUUGGUGUGGCAGCUGUUUGGGAAUCAGUUAGAAAGGGUGUCUUGGCCAAAGUUGCCAAGGUUCCAGCUUGGAAACAAAAAUUAUUCUGGGGUUCAUUCAAGGCAAAACAGGCAUUUGCCAACUAUAAAUUACCAGGUGGAGGAAUCUUUGACAUUGUAUUCAAAGAAAUUAAAUCUGCUACUGGUGGUGAAUUGAGAGUUGUGUUGAACGGAGGUUCUCCAAUUUCAAGAGAUGCCCAAGUGUUUAUAACCACUUUAAUUGCACCUAUGCUUAUUGGGUAUGGUUUGACUGAAACUUGUGCCAACACCACUGUUCUUGACCACAACCAUUUCGAUUAUGGUGAUGCUGGUACCUUGUGUGGUUCAAUUACCGCCAAGUUAAUUGACGUUGAUGAAGCUGGAUACUUUGCCAAGAACAACCAAGGUGAAAUCUUAUUGAAGGGUAAGUGUGUCACUAACGAAUACUACAAGAAUGAAAAAGAAACUGCUGACAGUUUCACUCAUGAUGGCUGGUUCAAGACUGGUGAUAUCGGUGAAUGGACUAGUACUGGUACUUUGAAAAUUAUUGACCGUAGAAAGAACUUGGUUAAGACUUUGAACGGUGAGUACAUUGCUUUGGAAAAAUUGGAAUCUAUUUACAGAUCCAACCCUGUUGUAUUGAACUUGUGUGUAUACGCUGAUGCCAACAAGGUCAAACCAGUUGCCAUUGUUCUACCAAAUGAAGCUCAUUUAAAAUCUUAUUUGGUCAAAGAAGGUAUUUACCUGGAAAGUAAAAUCAAUGACAAGGAAUUAUCUCAGUUAUGUCAUGACGAGAAGGUUGUUUCCGCAGUUUUGAAGUCCCUCUUGGGUACUGGUAAGGCCCAAGCCUUAAAGGGUAUUGAAUUAUUACAAAACAUUGUAUUAUCAGAUGAUGAAUGGACUCCACAGAAUGGUUUUGUUACCUCCGCUCAAAAGUUACAAAGAAAGAAGAUUUUAGCUGCUAAUAAGGAAGAAGUUGAUGAAGCAUAUGCCAAUUCUUAA